AUGCCGUCAGAUCCUCCACUAUUGGCCACUGAUCAAUACAGCGAAACUCCCAAUCUAGGCCCUGCACAAUCAGAUCUGGAACAGUCUCCACUGGAACGCCUUAUUCAACAAUCGACGUCCGAGCAGCAGCAGCAACAACAACAACAACAGGAUCAACAGGAUCAACAGCAAGAGAUAGAAUCGUCUUCUUCGUCGCCCCAGUUUUUCUUGGAAGAAGGCCCCACUUCGUUUAGCAUUGCACCACCAGCGCCACUACCACAAACGCCAGCUUCCAUGUUUUUGACACUGGGCGCUGCCUCCCUGUGCUUGUUGCAUGCAGGUUUACUUUGGGCAUCCUUUUUGUCCUCGGCUUGGUUCGAGACGCAUUUGCGAUUUACCGUCGACUGGUUGGAUGGCACCAAGGAUACCUUGCUGCACACUUCUACUUUAUCGUCGUUAUUAUCCGAGUUUCUCGAAGCCGACUUGAAUGGAGCUGCCGUGGCGUUGCUCUUGACAUCGAUGGUCUUGCCCUGUAUGUCCAUGAUUUUGACUUCCGGGUGGACCAUUUCAGAUCACGCGAAUCGAGCGAUUGUGCGAGGAACUUCUUCAGAUAAUAGAAGGAAUCCACAGCAACCCUUUAAAAGGAGCCGUCCGAUUGUGGAAUGGAUGCUACGGCUUUCCUUGGCAACUGUCUUUAGUCUGUCGAUAUUGGAUGUUGCCAUUGUAUCAAUCAGUUUGAUUGGAAAUGGAAGCGACGUGAGAAUUGUCAAUCGCACGAGCAAUGGAAUGUCUUGUUACACACUCGGAAUGGUACUCGGUUUGAUAGUCAUUGGAGUGUUGAGAUGGGCCAAGACCAAGACAAGUGUGCUGGCAUCUACUACUAUUACUACUACAAGUGCCAAUACUUCGCGGGUACUAGAACCUAAUGCAACGUCGUCAUCCUUUCACGCUCCGCCGAGCCACGCCUUUCAAUUGCCAUGGACCAGAAGCAUGGACAGUGACGCCAAUAAUAACAGCAGCCUGGCGGAUCAGACGGAACCUUUGUUGCCCAUUCAUGAAGAAUUUGCCGAGACUACUACCCGAAUGGUGCGACAGCGACGAAACGCCUUUGCUGGAUUGCCCACCUGGAAGAAGAUUGUUCUCUACGAAACCUCCUUGGGAGCCACCUUUUUGUUAAUACCCGCCUUGUUUCUCCCACUCUUUUCCAUUAAGUUUGGAGGUUUGGCGUCUCAAUUCAUUGAAGACCCAAAAAUCACCUUUCACUUUUGGCAAUUUCCAAAACUUUUACACAAUGAAGCGUAUUUGGCAGAAACGAAACAUUGGAUCAUGGUGUCGCAAGGCGCUUUUUUCUUCGUGUUUGUCUACAUUGUUCCGCUUGUGGCCACCUUUUUGGCCAUUGGAACCUGGAGGUCUGGACCAGCAACGAGCAAGCAUUGCUACAGGAUCCUCUACAUUAUUCAGCCUUGCUUGUGCAGUCUGGUCUUUGCCAUUUCCGUCUUGGUGGCGGUUCCAGCCUUUCGACCACUCGUGGCAAGACUUUUGAGCAACAAAACAUCUGGAAUUUGCACCGACUUUCAUUUGGUUACGAAUGACAACUGCUUGACAAUGGAGGGGCAGCCUAGACUGGGAGUUUGGUUUCUUUUUGCACAGUCCUUAUCGCUGGAGACUCUUGUAAUUCUAACGCUGAUAUGGCGAAAAAGUUAA